UGGCCUUUGUAGCCGUAACAACUCCAUAUUUCCUAGUUGGUCAUGGGCUGGUUGGGAUGGCGCUGUAUUCUAUGAGUUGACAGAUUCCCAGAGAAUAUGUGUGAAUGCGUUAUCAGUCAGGCUGAAAUAAAAUCACUGGACGAAGAUUUUCGUAUAUGUUCCGAAAUCACUUCCGAGGCAAACGUUCCGUUCCUGAAUUAUGAUACCUCAAAAUGGCACCGGAAAUUUGACGAAGAAGAGCUCGAGAUCGAGUACGAAAAUCUUGACUCAAAGUACUCAAAAUACCGCUACCCACGUCCGCUCUCGCUCCCUAGCAGUCCAGAUCUCAGAAUCUCCUCGCGACCGACUUCGACAAUCCUAAACAUCUCCGCUAAAGUAGCGAAGUUCUGGUUGACCGAGGAACAUUCCUUUAUGACAGAUCCACUAUUCGGCGUCAAAGCAGCGUGCAAAAAAGGAGUUCACGAAUUAUGCUACCUCGCCAUCUCAGACGACCAGCAACGAAUGGCCGGCACAAUCAUAGUCAGUGGCGCCCUUUUGCCUCAACUAGUCAACAAGAAGCACAGAUUCCUUGGACUUUCACGCUCAACACUGUAUCGCAUCGAUGAUGACCCAUCUUGGGAUCCUAUCACACAUACUUUCCAACACUGGGACAAGCAAAAACCUCCACUCGGAGUCGAGAAUGGUAAGGAGAAUCCGAGAAUCUAUGCUCAGCCGGGACAGUCUUCAUUUCUUGCGGAUGAUGAUGUGGAGUCCAAUAACGAUUUUUUUGAUAAGAGGUAUUUCAGCGAUCAAGUGUUCUGGCCGGCGGUUAAUGUCCUCUUGUUGUCGGAAGAGAAGGGGGGUGGUGUGGAGAGACUAGGCGUUGGCAAGAUACAUAUCGAUGCCUUUAACCCUGUUGCAGUACAGGAGCAGAUACUCUUGGGAUGAUCUUCCACCCUCAGAAGUGGCCAUGUACAACAGAUAAGCCGAAAUACAUCUAAAACAUCUACAACGUAAAGUAGAACGAACGACCAAGCGCACU